CAGCUACCUACUGUAACUGCUGCAUGAUCGAGCGGCUACAGCUAGGGGGAGCGCCUUUGCCCUAGGCUUUGGAACCUCAUUGCAAUGCCCCAUGCCAGUAUACAGUAUAAGGUAAAAGACAUUGUUCCAACACCCGUGUGCAGCCUUGGCGGCUGAUGGCAUUAUGGCGUUGGGAUGGCUUGGCAGGCGGAGGCUGCAUUCCAAUCGGUUUUGUCUGGUACCCUGUGUAGAUAGUCUGAACCUUUAGGAGUAGAGGUCCUCAGGGGAAAGCGUGGAAGUUUUAUAGGUAGUUGAGAGUGAUUGAUGUACAAGCAGACCGUCUUGGCAUUAACACAUAUCUGUGGCGCAUCAGCUGUGGGGUUGCUUGUUGCUGCAAAAAUUGAGUUUGAGGGAUGCGAUGCUUCUGUAGCUUGUAAGCUCAGCGACUUGUAGAACCUUGUAGACUGAAAAGUAGAGUCUGCCACACCAUUUUCGUUGCCCGUUUGCUGUGCUUGGCGUGCACCAUGGGCAGCGACCUGGAGAACCUGGGCGUGGCUGCGGGCAUCAACCUGGGGCUGGCCACCAUCUUCAUUGCGGCCUACAGCGUGGCCAUCAAGAUGCCCAUCAACACGCGCGUCUACUUCCCCGCACUCCUCCAGCGCGACCCCAGCAAGUUCAAGGAGACGGGCAAGACGGGCCUGGAGCGCUUCAUGCUGAACCUGCGGCUGCUGGACUGGCUGCACGGGGCACUCAAGAUGCCCGAGGAGGAGCUCAUUGCUACAGCCGGCCUCGACGCGGUGGUGGUGCUGCGCGUCUUCUUUUUCAGCAUGAAGAUGCUGUUCCCCAUGGCUCUGUGGGGUGCUAUCGUACUCAUCCCCAUCAACAAGACGGAUAACAACGUCCAGCAGCAGCAUGCGGUCAACCCCAAGUCCAGCUUUAGCGCAGUGGAUCAGCUGAGCCUGUCCAACGUGCAGGACAGGUCCGAUAGGAUGUGGGCGCACCUCCUUUCCGCCUACAUGUUUGCCUUUUGGGCGUACUACUGCCUCUGGAAAGAGUACGAGUACAUCACACGGCUGCGCCUGGGCUACAUGGCGGACCUGCAGCCCCAGCCCGACCAGUUCACUGUCCUCACCACCGAGAUCCCGAAGGUGGACGCACAGUCGUCAGAGACGAUGAGCCAGCGCGUGGCGCGCUACUUCCGGGUGCAGUACCCGGACAUCUACUUCGCGCACAACGUCGUCAUCAAUGCCAACCCGCUCUGGGCGCUCGUCAACAAGAGAGACAAAACAGCCAACAAGGUGGACGCGCUGCGCAUCAAGAUGGAGCGCAAGCCGCGCAAGGGGCGACCCAUGCACCGGACGGGCUUCCUGGGGCUGCGGGGGCCCAAAGUCGACUCCAUCGACUUCUACGAAAAGGAACUGUCGCAGCUGCGGGAGGAGGCGGCCACGGAGUCCGGCAUCAUUCAAAGCAGCCAGAAGCGCGUUGUCAAUGCCGCCUUCGUCACGUUCCGCAACCGCUGGGGGGCAGCCGUGGCGGCGCAAACGCAGGUUUCGAAGAACCCCCAGCUGUGGAUCACGUCGUGGGCGCCAGAGCCGCGCGACGUGUACUGGCCCAACCUGGGCAUGUCCAAGUGGCACCAAGGCCUGCGCCGCCUCGCUGUGGGGACCGCCGUCUUCUUCCUGGUCUUUUUCUACAUGGUCCCCAUCUCGCUGGUCCAGUCGCUCGCCAACCUAGACAGCCUGCGCCAUAUCGGCACCCCCGUCAAGGAGAUCGUAGACGUGCCGGUGAUCGCGGGGUUCGUGAGCGGGUUCUUGCCGGGGCUGGUGCUGAAGCUGUUUUUGGCGCUGCUGCCACUACUGCUGCGCACUAUGAGCACCUUCGAGGGCCACCCCUCGACCAGCACCAUCGUCAGGCAGGCCGCCAUCAAGGUCUACUACUUCCAGCUCGUGAACGUGUUCUUCGGGAGCAUCCUGACGGGCAGCCUGUUCGAGCAGCUGCGCAGCUUCGUGUCGCAGCCGACCAAGCUGCCGGAGACGCUGGGCAACGCCAUCCCCACCAAGUCCAGCUUCUUCAUCACGUACAUCAUGGUCGACGGCUGGGCCGGCUUCCCUGCAGAGCUGCUGCGCCUCUUCCCCCUCCUGCUCUACCACCUGCGGGUUGCGCUCUUCGUCGUCACGGACAAAGACCGCGAAAAUGCCAUGAACCUGCAGCGCCUCCACUACGAAGAGCUGCUGCCGAGCCUGCUGUUCUACAUUCUGCUGGGCCUGGUGUACGCGCCCAUCGCGCCGCUGCUGCUGCCCUUCCUCCUGCUCUUCCUCGUCAUCGGGUACGUGGUGUACAAGAACCAGAUCAUCAACGUGUACGAGCGGCAGUACGAGAGCAGCGCGGGGCUGUGGCCAUUCGUGGCUAAUCGUGUGAUCGUGGCGCUGCUGGUGGCGCAGAUCACGCUGCUGGGCGUGCUCUCGCUCAAGCUCGCCUCCAAGGUGGCGCCCUUUGCGGUGCCGCUGCCGGUGCUCACGCUCGUCUACAGCGUCUGGCUGCGCGACCGCUUCGAGCCCAACUUCUCGCGCUACCCCCUCGAGAGCGCGAACGAGAAAGACGUGAUCGACAGCGUGAAGUACCCGUCGUGGGACCUGCGCGACAUCAGCGACGCGGCGUACACGCACCCCGCGCUCGCCAAGGGCCUCACGCUGGACGCCGCCAUCCCCAGCGUGGAGGAGCUCAAGGAGCAGCAGCUCGUGCCCGUCAAGGCCAAGUACCGCCGCGCUUCCAACCCCGCCAGCGCCGCCUCCACGCCGCGCACCUCGCGCGCGCCGUCGCCCACGCGCAACGGGGCGCACGUAACCACGGAGGACGAGCUCGACCCGGGGGACAAGGUGUAGCGCGAGGAGUGCACGGUGCGCUUGGAGUGAGCAACGCAUGAUCUGGUGCGAUCGAACCCAAACAAGUUGCAAGGGCAGCCGGCACCACAACGGUUUGGUUGUUUGAAGGUGGAGGGAGAGGAAACGCUUUUCGCGGGUCAUCAACCAAAAGCCUGCGUCCUCGGUCCACGUUGUUCUGAUUCCCAGGGGCAUGAAACAGACCGCCUGCAUCUGCCACGGACUUCCAACAGGGUCUGAAACGACCUGCACGCAAAAGCUUGUUUACAUAGGAAAGGGACCACGACUUGCUUAAAUACUAUAAGGUCUAUUGCUCGCUUAACUUUCGAUUGUUGUAGCCAGUGAGUUGCGGUUCAAAUAUCAAUCACCUGGCUUUCUACUUCAAGACCAUUUUUAUCACGUUUUGUCCUUUUUGAAUGCAACACCUUAUGGACUUGCUUGAUG